UUGACGGAAUGCCAAGUAAAGAGACAUUAAGGCUGGUGUUUGUCAAAGUUUCUUUGCAAGUUGGAUAUCCAGGUACCAAUUGGUUUUCUCACACUUGUGGUGCAACGCUAAUUUCCUCAAACUGGGUUAUGACAGCAGGCCAUUGUAUCUCCUCUGGAAGGGACUACCGUGUGGUACUGGGAGAGUAUGACAGAGAUGUUGUGGAGGGUGGAGAGCAGAUUAUAAGGCCCAGUGGUAUCUUUGUUCAUCCACAAUGGAAUAUAAACUGUGUGGCCUGUGGGAAUGAUAUCGCUUUAAUCAAGCUCGCAGAGCCUGCAGUCUUGAAUGACAAAGUUCAGGUUGCUUGUAUUCCACCUUAUGGCGAACUUCUUCCCAAUGACUUUUAUUGCUACAUUACUGGAUGGGGCCGGCUAUACACGAACGGACCACUUCCAGCAAAGCUGCAGCAAGCUUACAUACCAGUCGUUGACUACGCCCAUUGCAGUGCCCCAGACUGGUGGGGCACGACUGUGAAAGACACCAUGGUUUGUGCUGGAGGUGCCGAAAAGUCCGGAUGCAAUGGAGACUCAGGUGGACCUUUGAACUGCCAGGGUUCUGAUGGACUUUGGUAUGUCCAUGGUGUAACCAGCUUUGUGUCAGGCUAUGGAUGUAACACCUAUAAGAAACCCACAGUCUGGACUCGAGUAUCCGCCUUCACUUACUGGAUUGCUCAGACGAUGGCCAACAACUAA